AAAAUAAUUAGGUAAUUUUCUGAAAAUGGCCUAUAAAUGAUUAAGAAAAGGGGCCAUAUUCUGUGACUUUUUUAACCCCAAUUUCGGCGAUCGACGGCGAAAUCCGCGAGUUCUCCGUCUACAAGACCCAUUUUUGCGAGUUUGCUAAACGCUUAAGAGAUCGAAAUGGCAACUUGCAAGCAGUUCUCCAGAAUCGAUACUUCUGAGCUCAAAUCUCAGCUGUUCAGGAAGCUUGGCCGCCAAAGAGCAGAGAAGUACUUCUACAACCUCAAGAGAUUACUCAACUCGAGACUCAGCAAGUUGGAGUUUGAGAAAUUGUGCUAUAGUAUUCUUGGGAAGGAAAACAUUGCCCUCCAUAAUUUGUUCAUCAGAUCAAUCCUUAGCAAUGUUUGUCUCGCGCUUGCUCCGCCUAGUAGAGAGACUGUUACCGGAAAUUCACGCACGUCGAAAAUUUCCAGCAUUGGCGAAAGCUUCCCUCCAUCGCCUCGGAGGGGAAGAUCCAUAAACAGCAGGGACCGAAGAUUAGCUGAGCGGUCUAGCCUUCUCGGGCCUUAUGGAAAAAUUCCUCCGGGACAUGUUCAAGAAGCGACUAAUUCUUGUGAUUUACAAAGGUCGAGAGAGCAGCAAAGUGCCCCGGAGUUGAUAUCUAUCGGCAGCAAAGCACUAACAUCUGUGGAAGAUGGGGAAGAGGUCGAUCAGUUUCGAUGUAGCCCGAGUGUUCAGAGUAGAAGUCCUUUAAGGCCUCCCAUAGGCGUUCCGGCAACUGCUGGCGAUCGUUCUUGCAAGUCUCUUCGUUGUGGCUUGGCAUCGAGCUUUCGAGUUGGUCGGUCGAAUAUUCUCGAGAGCUGUUAUCGUACUUCAGAACUACCAGAUUCAAGGGCCUUGAGGGGUUGGUUGGAACGGAAGUUGCAGGUUCAGGGUCUUGGUUUGUCAGUUGAUUGUGCUAAUGCAUUAAAUCAUGGAAUGGAUGCAUUCUUGAGGAGGUUGAUCAAGCCUUGCGUGGACCUUGCUAAAGCAAGGCGUAGUAGUUCGAAUAGGAUGAAUCGAGCUGAAAGAAGUACUUUGCCUAAUAUGAAAGGUCUAUGGCAAGCGCAAACAUCAAGUGGGUGCUAUUAUAUUUCUUCGCAUGAUUUCCAAUUGGCAAUGAACAUGGAUCCUGAUUUACUCGGAGGUGAUUGGCCCCUACAGCUCGAGAGAAUGCGCCUGCAUUUUUCAGAAGGUUGAAAUCUGACUCACUUAUUCAUGGUGAUUCCGAACAAUACAAGUUGAGGAUCCGAUUCCUCUUGAAGCUUUGAAUACUGAUGACGCAAUAAUAUGCAUCUAAUGUGUUCACAAGAGUGAAAAGGAAAUUCUAGGCAUCUGAAUUUUUAAACCCACCAGCAUCAUGGAACAUGGCAUAAAGGAUAAUGACAUACACCUCCUUUAUAGGUUUGUGCUGAUUUCUUGUGAUGGAUCUUUUUACAUCCUUGUCAAUUAGGCUGUAAAAAUUUAAAUUGGAAAGCAUUGCACAAGAAAUUUUAAGUCCAUAGUGAUUUCUGAGAA